AGGUUUUUGAUUUAAGUUAUCAUUGCGCUUAUUCCUGCACAUUGCGGCAAGCCAAGAUUCUUCUUGAGAAUGAAAAACAUCUUAAGACACGCGCGACGAAGUUUAGCACAUCAAUUGUUGGUGCAGCGAUGAAUCCGCAACGGAUAAUGACGACAGUGGGGAUCCGAAUCUUCAUUACUUUCUUUAUUAUUCUACUGCAAGGGGAAACACAUGGGAAAUAUUUGGAGGGUCUCAACGUGAAUUUAGGGGACGCCCUUUUAUUCCUCAGAGAAUAUGACAGCGCAGCUUCGUUAAUGUGCACGAGAGUGAUGACGGCCCAGUGGAAUUUCGCGACAAAUGUUACUGAUACUAAUCACCAAAAAAUGGUGGAUGAACAAGCUCUAAAAUUAAAAUUCGAAAGAGCUUCUUGGCGUAAAGCGGUUACUUUUGCUUGGAGUCGAAUACCAGACCCUUUAGCAAGAAGGGAACUUAAAAUGAUUGCUACGAAAGGUCGAAGUUCCUUGACUGAUGAUAAAUUUAAUGAAAUAAACCGUUUAAUAACCGAGAUGAAAGAAAUCUAUUCUAAAGCCAGAAUAUGCCCGUACAAACAAAUUGAUGCAGACUGUAAUUUGAGUCUAGAUCACGAUAUAAAUGAAAUGAUGGCACAAUCGAAAAACUACGACGAAUUAUUGUAUUAUUGGCACGCUUGGCAUGAAGCGGUCGGCCCAAAACUUCUGAACAAAUAUUUGAGAUACGUUCAAUUGGCCAAUAGAGCGGCGAAAUUAAAUGGUUUUGCCGAUGCUGGAGACCAGAUGAGAGAUUUAUUCGAAGACGAGUAUUUCAAACAAAACAUAGCAGAGGUGAUGUCAGCUAUAACUCCGUUGUAUAAGAAUCUUUUUACUUACGUGCGAUCGAAACUAAUCGAAAGAUACGGCGACAAAAUACGCGAGGACGGCCCUUUACCGGCGCACGUUCUGGGAAAUAUGUGGGCCCAAAAUUGGGAAGGUCUGUUCGAACUAGUGCAACCUUUCCCUGCAAGCAGAAAGCUCGAUGUGACUUUGGAAAUGAUGAUUCAAAGUAUCACUCCACUGAGGAUGUUUCAAAUAGCUGAGGAGUUUUUUACUUCACUUGGGAUGAAGCCGAUGCCACCGGAAUUCUGGAAGUUUUCCAUGUUUGAAAAACCUAUCGACAGAGAAGUGAAAUGUGGUCCUAGCGCGUGGGACUUUUGCAAUAAAAUCGAUUAUAGGAUAAAGCAAUGUACCCGAGUUACAUUGGAGGAUCUAUUGUCAACGCACUAUGAAAUGGCGCAUGUGCAAUAUUAUCUGCAAUAUAAAGAUCAUCCGUUGCUAUUUCGAAACGAAGCGAUUCCAGGUUUUCACGAAGCUGUUAGCGAUGCGAUAGGUUUAUCUAUUUUUACUCCUCAACAUUUACACAAAAUCGGACUGCACAAUAACUUAACAGAUGAUUACGACGGUAGAAUAAACUUUUUAAUGCUAAUGGCUCUUCGCAAAGUGGCUUAUCUACCGUUUGCUUAUAUAAUAGAUCAGUGGAGGUGGCGCGUCUUUAGCGACGGCGUAGAAGACAUGACAGCACAUUGGUGGGAACUGAGAUUACAAUAUCAGGGUAUUGUCCCACCUACGCCUAGAUCCGAAAGAAAUUUUGAUCCGGCAGCAAAGUAUCAUAUUCCAGCGGACAGUCCUUACGCCAAGUACUUCGUAGGCGUUGUUUUACAGUUCCAAUUGUUCCAGUCAUUGUGUGAAAUCUCUGGUCACAUUGGCGAACUGCAUGCUUGCGAUCUUUACAGGUCACGAGAGGCGGGUCGAUUGUUAUCAGACGUGUUGUCGAUGGGAGCUUCGAGACCGUGGCAAGAUAUUGUCAGACAAAUGACGAGAGGUAGAACGAAUAGAAUAGACGCUGGUGCCAUGCUCAAGUAUUUUGAGCCUUUGAAUGUGUGGUUAAGACGACAAAAUGAGAUGCAGCCUGUGAUCGGUUGGAUUGCAAGCAACGACGACAGAGUGUAACUUGCGAGUACAGGAAUUUUUCAAUUUGUUUCAGCACUGUUAUCCCAAUGGUAUCAAAAUAGUGCACAGCGACUUGAAUUGUGCAGCUUAUUCUCUCUGCUGCUUUUAGUUGGCAAAGCUUUUAUUUAUUAA